AUGCUUUUAUUAUUCUUAAUUUCUCCGCUAAUCCAUGCGCAAUUUGGAAUGGAUGGAAUGGAUGGAUCAUUUGGGCCAUUUGGAAUGAGACACCAUCACCAUCAUGGUUUUGGUGGGCCAUUCGGUAGAGGGCCGAUGGGUGGUCCGAUGGGUCCGAUGGGGCCGAUGAGAGGCCCAAUGGGGCCAAUGAGAGGUCCAAGUGGGCCAAUGGGCCCGAUGAGAGCUGGAAUGGGAAUGGGUGGUGGUCCGAUGGGUCCAAUGGGCGGCAUGGGUGGUGGACCACCAAUGCGCCGACCGCCUUGGAUGUUCCGUCCACCACCACCACCGUUUUUCAGACGAGGACCAAGACCAUUCAUGGGUGAUGGACCACCGAUGUCCGACUUUGGUGAUGAACCAAUGGGUCCUAUGAGGCCCAUGAUCGAGCAGCCCAUGCCUCCACCGCAACAACCAAUGAUCCCACCACCUCAACCCCCACCCGUUCAACCGAUGCCUCAAAUGCCUCAAAUGCCAAUGAUGAGGCCACAAGCGCCACCCCCACCCCCACCAGCACCAAUGAUGCCAGCUCCAGCUCCUCGUUUCCCAGCCCCACAAUUCGACAGAUUGACCGCUAGUUUGCGAGGGCUUAUCAACAACGUAAACUAUUACAAUACGGCUUUCCGGGGGCAGAGCUACGAGAAUGUGAUCAACGCUCUUCAUAGAUAUUAUGGACAACGAGCAGGGAUCACUUUUAAUCCCCAAACCACAGUCAAUACGGGAGCUCUGCACAAUGAAGUCAGAGCCAAUAGUCGAGUCGCAAAUGGGCUUUUCGAGGCUGAUAUGAUGCUCACGAUGAAUCAGCUAAAUCAAAUUAUUGGCGGCCGAAGAUGGAAACGGAAAGUGACGUCGGAAAUGUCGAAACGCUGGGCCACUUCGAUCUCCUAUAAAUUCAAUGAUAACGAUGCAAAUUGGCGUAGUCUCAUCCGAACUGCGAUUCGGCUUUACGAGACGCACACUUGUGUUCGUUUUGUGGAAAAUGGAGGAGCCAUUGAUUCAAUCGUUUUCACGAGAGGAGAAGGCUGCUUUUCCGGUGUCGGUAAGCUUGGUGGACAACAAGAGAUCUCCUUGGGAUCAGGCUGUGAAACGGUUGGUAUCGCUUCUCACGAGAUUGGACACACUUUGGGAAUGUACCAUGAACAAUCUAGGCCAGAAAGGGAUGGAUACAUCAGAGUCAACUACCAGAACAUAAUCUCUGGAUAUCAAGGAAUGUUCGACAAGCGCUCCCCAUCGCUAUCAAUCUCAAUGGGCAUUCCAUAUGAUUAUGGAAGUGUUAUGCACUAUGCUGUCAAUGCUUUCUCGAAAAAUUUUGGCACUGACACAAUCACUCCAUUGAGAAGUCAGUAUUCAGCGACAAUCGGGAAUCGAGUGGAGCCUUCUUUUUACGACUACAAAGCUGUGAAUCUUCUGUACUGUUCAACACGUUGCGGUCCGCCACUUCCUUGUCAAAAUGAGGGUUACACGAAUCCGAAUACUUGCAACACUUGCGUUUGUCCGACUGGUCUAGGCGGUACUUAUUGUGAUCAAGUGGCCUAUUCAACUUGUGGAAGAGAUCUGGUGGCGGACUCGAAUUUCAGAACACUCACCUACUACGGAUCGGGCACCUGUUAUUGGAGGAUCAAAUCUCCAAAUCAAGGCCGAAUCCGACUCCAGAUCUCCAAAAUUGGUUAUGCUUGUGCGGUGAGCUGCGAGCAGUUUGUUGAGAUCAAAUCGGGCCUGUCACUGGCCGCCACUGGAGCAAGGAUGUGCUGUCAGCCAACAAUGACUCAAAUGCUCAGCGACUCCUCGACGGUGAUUCUCAUUUCUCGGGCCACUCAAUCAUCUCAAUUCGUCAUUCAGUACAGAAAUGAGGGUGGUGUUGCACAACAAAGAGCUCCAGCAAGACAGCCAGUGCCAGUGACGUUUGGAAGGUGGUCUGGUUGGAGUGGCUGGUCAAGAUGCACCGAGCAGUGUGGCGCCUGUGGAACAAGACAGAGAAAACGAAGUUGUUUAUCGGGAAGAUGCAGCGGUUCCUCACUUGAGUCCCAAAUCUGCAACUUCAACGCUUGCCGAAGGGGGACAACAUUUUACCGAAGAGGGAAAAGGAGUGCUCUGCUUGAAUAUUUUGAAGAUGAAGUGACCCGAGUCAAACGAAACACGGAAUGGUGGUGUUGCGAGCGCUAUCUAGCGAGGGGAAGCGUUUGUGUGCACGUG